AUGACUGAUAACGGUGUCACACGUCACACGGGUGAUUGCACAGAGAGGAAGACACAGCAGAAGGGGUGGAAGACAAAUAGAAUCAACCCCAGACGUGUAGGCCCAAUAAAAACCCCUAUGGCACCGAAAAGAGAUCGUAAACCGAGAAGACUGCUACAGGCAGAAAAGUCUCUUGAGUGGGAAAUUUCACCCAUAGGCGAACUGUCUGAUGAAUCGGACAUAAUCAUUCCUCCAUCCCAGUUCCAUAUGGACGAGGAGAAGAAAGAAAAAAAAUAUAUGUAA